CCUUCGCGGUGCUCCGUAGCCCUUCCUCCUCCUCCUCCUCCUCCUCCUCCUCCUCCUCCUCCUCUCUACCUGUUUAGUGGUUAAAGAUGGCUGAAGCUCCUCCAUGGCCCAGCCGGUUCUUCUGUCACAGAUGCUCCGCAGAGAUCAGUCCUCGGCUUCCCGAGUACACGUGUCCAAGAUGUGAUUCAGGGUUUAUUGAGGAACUGCUGGAGGAGAGAAGUGCUGACAAUGGCUCCAUGUCCACCAUCUCCAGCGGGCCCCAGAACCAGCAACCAUUUGAGAAUGCGGACCAGCACUUGUUUACAUUCCCUUCUGGCUACGGUCAGUUCGCCCUCGGCGUCUUUGACGACCGCUUCGACUUCGGGGCCGGACUGGGAACAGAGGAUAACAGGGAUGCUGAAAACAGGCGAGAAAGGGAAACGGCAUCACGGCAACGAUACGGCGCCAGGCAACCGAGAAGUCGUCAUGGUUCAAGGCGACAAGCAGGGAGGCAUGAGGGAGUUCCCACUUUAGAGGGAAUCAUUCAGCAGCUAGUGAAUGGAAUAAUUGCACCCACAGCAAUGCCAAAUAUUGGUGUUGGACCCUGGGGUGUUCUUCACUCAAAUCCUAUGGAUUAUGCCUGGGGUGCUAAUGGACUAGAUGCUAUUAUAACUCAGUUAUUAAACCAAUUUGAGAACACGGGACCGCCGCCUGCUGAUAGGGAUAAAAUAAAAACUCUUCCUACAGUACAAGUUACAGAAGGACACGUUGCUUCAGGACUGGAAUGUCCAGUGUGUAAAGAAGAUUACAGUGUUGGAGAAAAUGUGAGGCAGCUCCCAUGCAAUCACAUGUUCCACAAUGAUUGCAUAGUCCCCUGGCUGGAACAGCAUGACACGUGUCCAGUGUGCAGGAAAAGCUUGAGUGGACAGAACACAGCAACGAACCCUCCAGAACUAUCAGGGAUGAACUUUACCUCUUCCUCUUCCUCCUCCUCGGCCUCCUCAUCUUCCUCCACCCCUCAGUCCUCAAGUUCGACCAGCAAUGAGAACUCCACUGAUAACUCCUAGAGGACCAUUUGUCCUUAUCACCGAGCUGUUUAUAGCUCCUAGGCUGCUGUCUCUCCCCGCUGGAGGGUAGAGACCCGAGUGCAUCUCGCCAGGAGCACUCGAGCCUGAUUCAGGGGUAAGUGAUACGUGACGUCCGUGUGUUUCUGCCCGUCCUGUUGCUCCCACCUUCAUCAGGGAUCUGAACAAAGGAAGGGCGGAGGCCUGGAGCGCAGCUUCUGUCAGGCAGGACGUGGAGAAGCAACUUCAAGAGGCUCCAUCUGUCUGAAUCACCUCACACAGGAAGAGAAAACAAAGGAAUCCAAAGGUAGAAGACUCGGGAUAACAAGACAGUCGCUGUUAUUAUUUUUUUUUAUCUCCAGACUUGUAUGAUUUAAAAACCCACUUUUGCCAAUGAAGCAAAAAGAAUUGUACAGUUAUUCCUUUUUAUAAGUAGCAUUCAUAUCUCACAGAUGAAAUGACCCAAAGUGCACUGUUAAAGUGUGCACAUACGAGUCUUCAUGGUUUAGAAUGAUUCAUUUGAUUCCUUUUUUGUUCUCAAAACUAAAUUCCAGUAGUUUGUAAAACAGUUCACUCACAGAUUACCUGACACCACACAGGUACCGUUGUUUGCACUUGAAAUGAUGCGUCAAAUUGUAGUAAUUUUGUGCUGUUUGGAUAAUGAUGUGGAUAAUCAUUACUAAAUUACACACAUAAGGAUUUUGUUAUGUUAUCUGCAAACCUAAAACACUUAAGAACAUUCAGUGCAUUUUAACUUAAAGGUAAAUUAAAUAUUUUCUAAAGUUGCCAGUUGAAAAACUAUUGAUUUGCAGUAUGAGUGUGUCCAAAAUAAAAAAAAAAACUGAUAUGAAAAUAAAGCUGUUUGGGUGGUACCACUCAAAAUUCAUGUAAAGCA